UUUCUCUCUGUGUCUGUUCGUAAAUAGAAUUGUCGUAAUGGUUGAUACGUUGGACUGAAAUCACAUUUGAUAACUUAGUACCAUGGCUAUUACUGCCAUUAAGUGGUUAUUUCUCCUUGUAGUUAUCCUCUGUCUAAAAGUUACAUUGUCUACAACCACAGUUAAAGCAUCUACAAAAACCUCAACAACAGCAGUUACAAACAAGUCAACUAAACCUAUAUCAACAACACCAACACCGACAUUAAACUCCUCAAAUGACACUCAGGAUGACAGAGGAUCAAAUGUCAAUGAUCAACAAAUUGUACCAUCCCAUAAAGAUAAUAAGGGACUUUUAAAGCGUAUGCUCUAUGUGGCAAUUGGAUUCAGUGUAAUUGUAGCUCUGUACUUUAUUGUAAAAACAAUCAGGACAAAAGCAAGGAAAAGUAAAUCAAAGAAAUAUGGAAUGAUUUACUCUUCUGGUGAUGUAGAAAUGCAGCCCCUUGAAGAUAAUGAUGAUGAAGAAGAUGACAUGACGGUCUUUGACAGAAAGACAAGAAAAUAGAUGUCAAUAUGUUUUACCAUGGUAAUCAAAUCAAAGCACCUGAUUGGAGCAUUAUUUAUUAACAGAGAUUUUACAGGGA